GGACGCCGCGCUGCUGUGGCGGUUUUUCUCUUCCCCAACAACAUGGACAGUGCUGUGCUGGAGUAUUGCUUCGGCGAUGUGUCGCCGUAUGACACGUCGACGCCAAGCUUCGCCACGACGGAGAGGAUUGUGCAGGCAAAGAUCCCGCGAGUGCCUGAGGCCCCAGCCCACGAAGAAAUGACAAAGGAGCGGCUUGGACCAGCGGGUGUUGGAUUCACCGUGUUCAGCUUGGGCGCAUACACGCCGCGCACGCGCCAGUUCACCUGUGUCGAGGCCGUGCGGGCGUUUCCUUCCAUUCGGUCCGAUGUCGCCGUGUGCGCCGGCAAAUGGAUGUUCGAGGUCGUCAUCGUCACGACCCCAGAAACCAUCCAACUCGGCUGGUGUUCUCCAGCCUGCCGCUUUACAGCAUCGGACGGUGUUGGGGACUCGCGAGACUCGUAUGCAUAUGACGGGAUGCGGCGGCGAAAGUGGAACGUGGGCAGCCGCAAGUAUGGCGAGCACUGGGUCCAGGGCGACGUCAUUGGCUGCUGCAUCGACCUUGAUCAGGGAACCAUCAGCUACUACAGGAACGGCCGGGACCUUGGCGUUGCCUUUGACAAGGUGCGCGUGGGCCACCGCCUGGCCUACUGCGCGGGCGUCUCUGUGGCGCAUGGCGGGAUGGUGUUUGUCAACGUCGGGCAGGCGCCGUUUCACUACCCGGUUGCCGGCCACAGCCCGCUCCAGGCCCCGCCCACAUCGGCCAUUCACCGUGCUCGCACCAUCUUCGAUAUGCUGCUGAAGGUUGAGGAGGCGCCACGGCGGUUUGCGGAUGCGAUGGGCGCCGAUGCCGAGAUGGACGCCAUCAUGGCCACUGCCGCCCUUGUUGAUGCGCUCGGGCCGCUUCUCUCGGACGAACACGUUGUCCAGACGGUCGUGAUUGACACGUUCUUCAAGUGGCUCGCCGCCGACCAAGAGGAGCGCAUUGCAACUGUGCUCGAGUCCAUCGUGCAAGUUCUCGGGGACCGACACGCGGAGGAGUUUCUCAUCACGCUCCUCCUCCGCCUAUCCGUCACCACGCUCAAGACCUCCGUCACAGAAGGAGCUGUGCAGUACAUCAAGCUGGCGCGGAUUGUUCUCGAGAACCCAACGCUGUACAAGAUACAUGUGCAGCAGUUCAACGGGGACAUGGCGUACUGCUGCAUGGUACUGGCGCUGUUUCUGGACCGUCACGUCUCCAGCGACGAUGCCCACCGCAUGUUCCCGCACUACAACGCCCUCCACCACCUCGCCGAGGGCGAAGGGGUUGACAUGUCGCUGCCGAAGCGGUAUGCGGAGGCGGCGGAUGAGGUGGACCGGGAGCGGGGCGCGCUCAUCGGCCUUGGGCUGGACAAGCUUGGGCCCGACGCAACCGUGGACGACUGGAAGCAGAACACCGUGUUGCCCAUGCUGUGGGAGCUCCUUCAGAAGGCGAGCGAGCCAAGCCUGUUUGUACAGUCGCUGUCGCUCCCAGCGCCCGUGAUGAUGGGCGUAUUCUUCGGCCUCGUGUCACACCUGAUGCAGGACGAUCUGUUUGCCAGCGGCGACGUGGCGUGGAUGGACCUUGCAGAGGCGCGCAACUUCUUUGCGGCGGUGCGCGGGCCGUCCCUCGGCGGCGAGCGGCUGGGCGGUUCGCUGGACUUUGUCCGCGCAGAGUACAAGAAGCGCUCUGAUGCAGGGGAGCUGCCGCCGCUGCCAGAGCGAAGCGACAGCGCCGGUGUGUCGCGCAAGGUGUUUUUGAUGCUGAUGCUGACGAUGGUGUUGUCAGCGAUGAUGAAAGACCUGCGCGGGGUGCUGGAGGACGCGCGGUGGGCACGCCUCAUUGCCGACGCCGCGUUCAAGUUUGAGGCUGCCAUGCGCCCACAGCAGCACCAGGGUGACGGUGGUGAUGGUGCUGGUGAUGGUGAUGAGACGACGCCACCGCAGCCAGCCAGCGAAGAGCAGCAGCAGCAGCAGCAAGAGCAGGAGCAGCCACAAAGCGAGGAGCGUGACGACUGGGCACCGGCUGUGUUUGAUCCGUGGUCGAAGGACGACCGGGAAGAGGCAGACCUCUUGACACAGCCGGAGCGCUGGGGACGCGACGUCAAGAUGCUCAUGUGCCGCCGCGCACUGCGACUCGGCACACAGCGGCAGCACAAGCUGCUGGUGUUUACCGAGCAGCUGCUGAAUAUGCUACAAGGGCUGGAGGAAGGCAAGGCGCUCGGGUUGGUGUCUCUGAGCUUUGGAUUUGCGGUGCAGCACAUGAUGUUCAUGAUGGGGCUGGCGACGGCAGAGAUGCACCUCUCUGCGACGUCGCGCCACUGCCUGCUGUUCCUGCGGGACGAGCACGGACGGCGCGUGGCGACGCGGAUGCUGCAGGUGUUCUCCUCGUGGCUGGUGAGCGAUCAGGUGGUCAACCCAAGCAUGCGCUCUUGCGACUGGUCCUGCGCCACCGUCACCCACACCCACGACAUGUGCGAGCUGCUGUGCUCGGAGCGGGACCUCUUGCUCCUGUUCUUGCGCAACCUGAUGCUCUCUGUGACGGAGGAGGUCCAGCCGUUGGGGCGCGUCAUCGUCAUCCUCAGCAGCAUGCUGGGUGCGCACGGGCUGGGCGGCGAAGCGGUUGUGCGCGUGCGCGACGGGCUGGUUCGGGAUGAAGCGGGCCUGCCACCGCCGCCGCUGGCCGAGGCGUGGCAGGCCACAUGCAAGGCCGAGCGGGAGCUGGUGGGCAAGUUUGUUGCGGCGGCGCUGGAGCAGCCCAACUGGGCAUCGUCGGAGCUGUGGCAGCGGCUGAGCGCCAUCAAGGAGGAGCUGGCCAAGCAGUUUGCCGGGCCGCGCCUGGUGGCAGACGUGCAGCGCAGCCGCCUCCUCUACUCUGCACUCGGCAGCGUCCUCCAGCUGUUUGAGUUUCUCGCACGCACGUGCCCGUCCAUCUUUGACGAGAGCCUGCCGCACCCGGACAACGCGCUGCGCACGGUGCAGGUUGCUGAGAUUGCCCUGCACAUUAUUGAUCGCCUGUUCCUCACAGACACGUUCGCCGACAUUGUUGCGUCGUGCGUUGGGCUUGCGGAGUGCAGCGUGCCCGGCCUGGUCCUGUGCAGCCUCAGCAUCGUCACUGCGCUGGCAACCAUGUCCGACAAGAAUAUGGAGCGCGUUUCGGAGAACUCGCUGCUGACGGAGGCGGUGCUCACGUCCCUUGACGACCGGUUGCAUGCAAGCAACAGCCCCUUGCAGCGCGUCAGUGCGGAGGACCGUGCAGAGGUGCUUGGUGUUGUUGAGCGGCUGCGGUCGCUUGCAGCGGAGCAGGCGAAGAAGAAAGCACGACGCCAGUUGACGGACAGCACGUCCUCGGACGACGGCGACCUCUGCCCCAUCUGCUACGCACACACCAUUGAAGUCAAGUUCAUCCCCUGCGAGCACACGAGCUGCCGCCUGUGCAUCUCCCGCCAUCUUCAGAGCAACAGCGAUUGCUUCUUCUGCAAGGCCAAAGUCGAAAGGUUGGAAGACAUUGGCGAGGCUGACACGUCCGUUGAUGCGAACAACACAGGCAGCACCACCGCCAAGAGGCGCCGUUCAUCAAGCGAUUAGUUUGCUUGGUUGCUCAGCUGUUUUCGAGCGUGAUUGUGUGUGCGUGUUUGUUUGUUUGUUUGUUUGUUUGUGUGUGUGUGUGUGUGUGUGUGUGUGUGUGUGUGUGUGAUGUUUUGUUCUGUGGUUGUGUGGUAGAGUGGCAAAGCACGCCUCAAUGAAGAGCGCAAUCAAAUGCUGUGACGGUA